AUGUCAUUCUCAAUUGAAAAGAAAAUCACUUUGGCUCAUCCAUUUCGUGCUCCUGGUAGUACUUUAAUUAAUUCUGAUCAAUCUAAUUUAAAAUUAGUUUAUAAUAAAUAUAAAACUAAUUCACCAUUACCUAAUUCCAAUAAUCAAUUACGAUUCAAUUUUAUAUUUUGUCAUGGUACUGGAUUUAAUAAAUCAAUUUGGAAAUAUCAUAUUAAAAAAUUAUAUCAAUUAUCUCAAUCGGGUCAAGUUCCAUGGUUUUUAGAUUCAGUAAUUGCUAUUGAUAUGGUUGGUCAUGGUGAUUCAAGUUUAGAAAAUCAAGGGAAAUUAGGAACAAUUUUCCGUUGGGAUGAUGGAGCAAAAGAUGUUAUAACUAUAAUUAAACAUGAAAUUUCCACUACUGGUGAUUUUGAAAAUAAUUUACAAUCUCGUAAUUUAAUUAUUGGACAUUCAAUGGGAGGAUUUAAUUCAUUAUAUGCAACUUUUUUAGAACCAAGUUUAUUUGAUUCAGUUAUCCCCAUUGAAGCAGUGAUUUAUGGUGCUCCAGGUGGAUUAGAAAAAUUUUCGAAAAAAUUUAGUAAAAUUUCAAAAUUAUUAAUUGAUACAUUUGAUUCUAAAGAUGAUAUUAAUUUUUUCUUUAAAGAAUUUUCAUUUUUCAAAAAUAUGCAAAAUCAAAUAUCGGAUGAUUUUAUUAAUGAUGAAGUUUAUGAAAUUAAAGAUAAGGAAACUGGGGUGAUCAAAUAUAAAUUAAAAUGUAAUACUCUUCAUCAAAUGGCAGCAUAUUAUGGAGCAUUCAUGUCGAUUUCAUUUGGUAUGUUUGCAAUUCCUCAAAUUAGAGUCCCUAUAUGUCAUGUUAUUGGAUCUAAAGCAGUUUGGAAUCCACCAGAAAGUAUAACUUGGAUUAGAGGUGCCAUUAAUAAUGAAUUUCUUAGUGAUACAAUAGAUGUUGCUAAAGGUGAACAUUUACUUAAUGUUGAACUUCCUGAUGAAACCAUUGAUAUUAUUCAAAAUUUCACUACUAAAAGAACUCAAACAUUUAUUAACCAUAGAAAUAAUCUUCCUGAAAUUAAAUUGAAUAAAAAUAAGCCAGCAAUUGCUAAACAAGAAUUUCAAAAUUUGAUUGAUCUUAAAUUUGAUCAAGUUUAUGGAUAUUUUGUUGAAGAUAGAAAUGAUAAAUAUGAAGCAUUGCAAAAAUUGACCAAAUUGUAA